UGAUGAAAUUUUAGUUAUAUGCAGUUUACUUUAGACGAAACUUAGUUAUGGAGCCAAUUAGUUUGAUAAUCUUUGGUGUGAUUUUAUUGGUGAUUUACUUUUUAUGGGGAAGGCAGAAGAGACAGUCCACUACAUCAGGGACACAUUCAGGAAAAAUAUUUGAUAAAUUUACCAACAUAGAAGAUGUUACUGAUGCUAUUAGAAAAGCUGGUCUGGAAUCUAGCAAUCUUAUAUUUGGUAUAGAUUUUACAGCCAGUAAUGUUCAUCAGGGGAUAAAGACAAAUGGUGGCAGGUCCCUACAUCAUAUAGAUAUGCUGAAUCCAAAUCCUUAUCAGAGGGUAAUGCCAGCAUAAGUAUAUAAUAACCAAAUUAUUAUUGUGACAAAUUAUGGUAUAUAAAGUCUUUGCAUUACACCAUGUUUCUGUAUACCAUUUGUUUCCAUAUGCUAGGGGGCGUGAGGGCUGUUGCACUAGUUCAAUAUCCCUCAUGUAUAGACUCAAUCAAACUGAGUCUGCAAUUUUCAUGUAAUUUUUCUGUUUUUAAUGUUUCUGAGGGAUCACUUUUUUCCAAAUAUUUAGAACAACUUCAAUGAUUUAAAUAUCAUUUUUCUUCCU